ACAGCGUUAACUACGGCGUGGCCGCUGUGGCGGGAGGCAGACGGCAGCGUCGAGGCCCUACCGGCGCGGUCGAAGUCAGUCACCGGAGCGCAACGAAAAGUAAUUUGUACAAAAACCAAAUUUAACUCAUUGCGAAUGGCGCGUUGUUCGUGAUGUUUUGUCUGACCGCACAAUAUAUCGGUGGUCAUUGUUGCUAGUCGUUUUUUGUGGCGAUCGGUCUUCUAAUGCGCCGGUAUUGUUCCGCGUGCUCCUCAUACCGAUGGUUUUCAUCAUUCAUCAUUUUACUUAAAGUUCUUUGGCGAAAAGUAGUCGCAAUUAGUUUUCACUGUAGACUGUUUUUGUAUGUAGUGGUGUAAUUAUUGUAGGAACAAAGUGGAUACCGCACAGGAGAUGGGAGUGUUCAAGUGGUUACGCCGAGAGCGUCUGACGGUGACCGAGGAAGUCAUCACGACGCCCACGACCACGUCAGCACCGAAGAUAAUUGUAAAAGCACAGGGAUCACAGAGCGCAGCCCACAUCGGCACCAUCCGCACCGAAGAGUACAAACGCGAUCUCGCCGAAUUCCAAGCAAGGCGUUCCCAUGGAAAUAAAGAUCCACCAGAGACUCCCGUCAAGAAGAAAUGCGGUAGGCACUCAUUACCUGUCUCCUGCACCGCCUGCUCCACAGAUAUGGACAACACUUUCAAUUAUGAAAAGAAAUCAGCCACCAAGUAUAAGAAAAGAUCCCACAGAAGAACACGAAGUGCCGCCGUCGACACGGAGGGGCUGCCCAGCAUACAAUUUCUAUUUCAAAAUCAAGUCUUUAUGCCCGGUAAUCUGUUACCCACAUCAAAUUAUACCGAACCACGAAAAACUCGAAGAACGUCGCCGUUUGUUACUGACUUUUUUAAACAAUCAGACGUAACAGAGGAAAACACAAAGUCUCUGCUCUACAAAAAUAAUUCUCUGCCUAUAGAUAUGAAGACUUUCAGAGAGGGAAUUAAUAUUAAAGAGGAAAUUGACGGAGUAACCUUAAUGGAAAAAGCGUCUAGCCAAGGUUCAUGCGAUGCGAAAAUGGACAGUUCAGUUUGGGAGGUGAUGAACGAGUUGAAGAGUUUUGACCUAUGGGCCGACGAACAGUUACAGACUCAAAGUGGCAGCAAGUCCGACGAUAGUAAAAGUGACACCAGUGCAUACGGUCUGCCAGUGGCGAGCGCGAUCAACAUGGAUAUCACCAAAUCUAGUGACCACCACAAAUGGGACCAUGGCUCAUGGGGACAGGUGCCUGUGCAGGUGAAGAAACUAGUUGGUGUCACUGUAGGACAUGUUAAACAGAAAGUGAAUACUGAAAUUAAUAUAUUAAGUUGUCGCAUACCGGCGGUGAAGCCAGCAUCUCACUGCGUGGAUACGUUGCUGAAGUCUUUUCCGCAUUUGAACGCGAAAAAAGCAGCUUCAAAGCCUUUCAGAGGACACCCUGUUUCGCCUGCCAGUAGCGGCAAAAGCGGGAGUCAUUGGGAACAGUUUUGCCAAGCGAGAGAAAGUGUUGCGAAAUGUAUAAAUUUUGGAAACAGAGACAUUGACCGAUUCCGUACUUGGAAGAAAGACGCUGACAAAGGGACGUUAACCGAAGAAGAUACUUACGUUGAACAAAGGACAGACCAAGCAACGGACACACGAAGCAUAGAAGAUUUUAUUAGAGAUCUAAUCCGCAAAGAGCUCCAACAUAUGCUGCACGAAAUAUCAGACGACAAUUCGUCUAGUUUUGCUAAAAACGACGAAAUUAUAAAUAAAGGCGUUGCUAACGUUGUGGAAAACUUAAGGAACGGAGAAGAUGCCAACCAGACCUUGAAGAAAGACGCUAACUUGAAGUCGUUCUCACGUGUAAAAAUCAAUGGAAACAACAAGCCAUUACUUCAAAUAACUUUCAGUCGUUCUGGCGAGAAUAGUUUACAAGUUUUAGAUAACUGUGUGAAUGUGACAAUAUGUGAUAAUAACAACAGUGGAAAGGACAACUUGAAUAUUUCUAUGGAAGACACAGUAUCAAGCGAUGAUGUUCAAGCCCCUUCGCUAAAGAGAUGUCAGGCUUUCAAUGCUAUUCAGGAAGCUCGCAGCACUGAGGACCUGUACAUUGACGAUGACCUGUCGACGCAGAUGCAGGAGAAUUUCGGUGGGCGUGUCAAGCUCAUUCCAUUGCAUGGCUCGCUGCACGAGAUUCUCUGCGAGAAGGAGGAUGACUGCUGUCUCAUCAAGGUAAAACAAGAAAACGGAUGUGACACAAUCUAUUUUAGAUGCGACAACUCUGAUACUGAAUCUCGCGAUGCGAUUGACGGCUGUAGUUUCGACAACAGCAGAGCUCAAGACACAGUUUUGUUUAAACGCAGCAUAUCUCUAGUAGAAGAGAGGAUACAACGCGUCUUCCCAAAGGACAAAAAAAAUAAAACCCCCUUAGUCUGCCGCAGGACGAAGAGUAACGAAUGUAAUAAAGCACAAUCGAAAUCGGAAGUGAACCAAUUUGUUCAAACCCCUAUAGUCUGCCGCAGAACGAAAAAUACGGAAUGCGAAAAUAUUCGACCAAAGUCGGAAGUUUUCGUGCAAACCAUAAAUGAAGGAAGUAGAGUUCUUAGCAACAGCAGUCCAUCUUUGGUAACGACAGGUGAUGAGAUCGAACUCAAUAUCGAAAACGUAAUGAGUUAUCAAGAUUCGUCAUCGGAAGAAUGUGUUAAAAAUCUACAGGAGACUGACGAUUUCGAACUACUCGAAAAGAAGAUUGAAGCUGAUCUAGCUAAAGCAGACAUAGCUGGUGUAAUCAACACUAAUGCAGAACUAGCUGAAGUAGAUUUAAAUAAAAGUUCACUGAAUUGUGGAUAUCUCCAAAAGAUAUCAGAAGAGAACCUUUCAGUUCUUAAUGAGGACAUUGAUUCCGAGGCAGAGAAAGAAAAUACUGAGAUUGUAUAACGCGGUUCAUGUUAGCUAGAUAUUUAGAACUUAGUGUGUUUGAAUGGUGCUAUAACGAUUAAUUUAGUCCGGUAAUUAGAACCGAAUGAACCUUUAUGUUGCGUUUCGUAUUCAACUUGCAUGCAAGUGUAACGUAAACUUACAUGUGUGUUCGUACAUAUAGAAAUGUAGCUUUACCAUCAGAUACCUAACAUUUAAUAAUGUUGACUAAAUAAACACGCAGGACGUAUUAAGUAAAUCCAAAGUACAACUUCGAUAAAAUGCGGUUACUUAAAACGUAAGUCUUGUUGACGCUCAUGUAAAGGGCAUUAUUUAUUUGCAGAACUUAAUUAUGACUAGUGGCGUAAUAUUUAUUCACUUGUCUAUGUAGUACUUAGUACAAUUUAACAAUUCGUGCAAAUUUCUUCUUCGAGACAUUUUCGUCAUACUUUUGACUUUAGAAGAGUACAAAGUUGAUCAAACACUAAAACUGCUGAAUGAAAAAUACAUGAUUAUAAAGUAUGUGGUAUUGUAUUUCCGAUUCCGUCCUUGCAUUAAGAUAACCCAAAGAAUUUGUUGGUUUUCUUUAUGGUGUCAUUUUAGACUUAGAUUUUUAAUAGUUCUCGAUAACGUUUUAAUAAUCGUAAUGCAAGGCUGUGUGAUUUUUAGAUUAAGUAGCACAAAGCAUUCCAGAAUUGUGAUUUUUAGAAUAGCUUGCCACCUUAUAAAGGUUCACAUUUUAUAUAAAUUACUUUUUUAAACCACCUUGAUUUAAAACUUUUAUCAUGUCUUUCUUAUUUCUAAAAUUUUGUAUUAGAUAAUCGUACACCAAAGAAUCUUUGUUGGUUGUCUAUUUUACUGUCAUUUCUAAAAUUCAGAAUUUAUAUAGUUAAUUACAAUAUUGUUUUUAAGUU